AGUGAGACUCUAGUCGAAAUCAAGACAGUCAGACGAAUUGACAAAUGGCUACUUCAUUGCAAUUGCCGGUUUUUCGAGCUUGUUCUCGUAUGAGAAACAUUUCUUCUGUGAAACUCUCUCCGAUUUCACUAAGAUUUUUCCAAACAACCAGUCAAAAUUUUAGGGAUCUAUACUGGAAUGACAAAAUCCAAAAAGGAGAAAGUCAAUUUGAUAAAAUAUUGGUUGCUAACCGAGGAGAAAUUGCUUGCCGUGUCAUUCAAUCAUGCCAGAGACUGGGUAUCAAAUCCGUCGCUGUCCACAGCGAAGUGGACUCCAGUGCGAAAUUCGUCAGAAUGGCUGAUGAGGCUGUUUGUAUCGGCCCCGCUCCAACUAGCCAGAGUUAUUUGAGGAUGGACAAAAUUUUAGAGGCUGUUAAAUCUACCGGAGCUCAAGCUGUCCAUCCAGGUUAUGGGUUUUUAUCAGAAAAUAUGGAAUUUGCCGCUCAGCUUGCCGACAACAAUGUUGUGUUUAUUGGACCGUCUUCUUAUUCUAUUAAAUCUAUGGGUGAUAAAAUAGAGAGCAAACGUAUUGCUUCAGCUGCAAAGAUUAAUAUGAUUCCUGGAUUUGAUGGAGAAGUUGGCGAUGAAGAUCAUGCUGUGGAAAUUUCACGCCAAAUCGGCUAUCCAGUUAUGAUAAAAGCAUCUGCAGGUGGAGGUGGUAAAGGUAUGAGAAUUGCUUGGAAUGAUGAAGAAGCUAGAAAAGGAUUUAGAUUAUCAAAGGAUGAAGCAAAGUCAAGUUUUGGGGAUGACCGAAUGUUAAUUGAAAAAUUUAUUGAUAAUCCUAGGCAUAUUGAAGUUCAGGUACUAUGCGAUAAUCAUGGAAACGCAGUUUAUUUGAAUGAGAGAGAAUGUUCUAUACAAAGAAGAAACCAAAAAGUUAUUGAAGAAGCUCCUAGUACUUUUGUAGAUCCUGAGAUGAGAAAAGCGAUGGGUGAACAAGCUGUUGCUAUGGCUCAAGCCGUUAAAUACUCAUCGGCUGGAACAGUUGAAUUUUUAGUUGACUCUCAGAAAAACUUCUACUUCUUGGAAAUGAACACCCGUCUACAAGUAGAACAUCCAAUUACAGAAUGUAUUACAGGCAUCGAUCUUGUUCAUCAAAUGAUAAGAGUUGCCAAAGGACAUAAACUAAGCCAUACGCAAGAUGAAAUUCCUGUCGAUGGCUGGGCAAUGGAAUGCCGAGUAUACGCCGAGGAUCCCUAUAAAAAUUUUGGUCUCCCAUCUAUUGGUCGUUUAACAAGAUAUAGCGAACCAGUAGGAGAGGGAAUACGCUGUGACAGUGGAAUUACAGAGGGAUCUGAAAUUAGCAUUUAUUACGAUCCAAUGAUUUGUAAGUUGGUAACUUACGGUAAGGAUCGUCAAACUUCUUUGGAUGUGAUGACGAACGCCUUGGAUUCAUAUGUAAUCAGAGGAGUUACUCAUAAUAUUCCAUUAUUGAGAGAUAUUAUAACUGAAGAGAGAUUUGUUUCUGGUGAUAUUACAACAAAAUAUCUUCAAGAAACCUACCCGGAUGGCUUCAAAGGAAAACAAUUAACAUCUUCUGAGGAACUUAAACUAAUGGCUGUUUCUAGUUGCGUUUAUGCUAAGGAAGACGUUAGAGAUAGGAGUUUUCUUAAUGAAAAACGGUUACAUAAUGAGCAAUUAGCAGACAAAGAAUGGAAAUUAAGCGUUGUACUAGAUGGCAACCAAGAAGCAGUGCACAUUGUCUUGAAAGACGAUAUAUUUACAGUAAAAUGUAGGGGAGAAACGUUUGAUAUCAAAAACAACUUUAACUUAUCUCAAAGUAUCAUAAACGCUGAUAUUGAUGGAUCAAAAAUCACAUACCAACUCUUGGGUAGAGAUGCUGCAGGCCACAUAAAAUUGCAGUAUGCUGGUUCGGUAUUCAAAACACACGUCUUGGAGGAAAGAAUUAGCGAAUAUGUUAAGCACAUGCCCGAAAAAAAGGUUAUAGAUAAACUCUCAACUGUAUUUGCUCCAAUGCCUGGAAUGGUAAAGAAAGUCUCCGCUGAAGUUGGUCAAAUGAUAUCUGAAGGACAAGAAGUCUGCGUUUUGGAAGCAAUGAAGAUGCAAAACAGUUUAAUUGCGGGUAAAACAGCAAAGGUAAAGAAAAUUCAUUUCAAAGCUGGUGAUACCGUUGCAGAAGAUGACAUCAUAAUUGAACUAGAAUAA